GAAGUUUUACACAAAUGAUCACAGAUCACGUUUGUGGAAAUUAUGCAAUAUAUUCAAAAUUCAAACGUCAGAAAUACCUUCAAGCCCAAUAGCAAUAUGUCAUAACAAGGAAAUAUAUACGUAAGAGGUCAACAAAAAUUGAACUCAAAAUUCAAGGUCUACUUUUAAUAAUAAAUGUUAUAUUUCAAAGUGUAAUUAAAUAUAAUACAAACUAGUAAUAAAAUGAAAAAAAUACAGUUUACAUGUCUUAUGUAUUAAGUUUUGUUACCUCGAUAGGGAGCAGAUCAAAGUUUCCUUUAAACAGAUUAUGCUCCAUUGUUAUUAAACAUAUUCAUGGACCUUGGAAAACUAAUGAGGUAGAUGUAGAUAUAUCUAAAAAAUUUUCAAGAAAUGUGAUGGCUUCUUCAAAUACAAACCUUUUUAACGGAAAAUUGGAUAGAUUCAAAGGAAUCACUAUCGAUUCACAAACUGAACAAUGCAUUAAUAGUCAAGAAUUUUCUCAGAAAUUACAAGGUUCUCUUUUAAAUUGGAGAGAAAGUGGUCAUAGAGGAAUUUGGUUUAAAGUGCAUCUAAAUCAAUCAGAUUGGAUUCCAGUGUUGGUCAAAAAUGGAUUUAAAUUUCAUCAUGCCAAAGAAGAAUAUGUAAUGAUGGUGUUAUGGUUAUCUACAACUGAAACAAGUAAUAUUCCUAAUUAUGCCCAUACCAUGUUAGGUGUUGGUGCUGUUGUUAGUAAUGACAAUAACCAAGUACUAGUUGUCAAGGAAAAAUAUUAUCCAGGGAAUAUGCCACACUAUAAACUGCCAGGAGGAUACGUAGAACCUGGGGAAAAUAUUGUUGACGCUGCUGUACGUGAAGUAUAUGAAGAGACUAAUAUCAGAGGUGAAUUCCAGUCAGUUUUGACUCUUCGGCAUACCCACAAGGGCAUGUUUGGUUGUUCAGAUAUUUAUACAAUAGUUCAUUUGAAGGCACUUACUAAUGAAAUAAAAAAAUGUGACCGAGAAAUUGUUGAAUCGAAGUGGAUGGACAUUUCAGAAUAUAUGGUUCAUCCUCAUAUUCACGAACUGAAUAAAUUUUUUCUUCAAAAAUAUUUAGAUUAUAACACAAAAAGAAUUAAAAUUGACUGUUUCCAUGGUUAUCAUCCUGUAAUCAACAAACCUUAUACAAUAUAUUCUGUAACUAGCAAAGAUCGAGAUCAAAAUAAUGAAACCAUUGUUGUAUCGAAAGAUUAAAAAAUGUCAUCUUGAAAAAUAAACUGUGAUUGUUUCAAAA